CCUGUUCUUUUAGUUCAUAGAAUUAUCAUGCAUUAAUCAUCUUAAGUUGUAACUUUUAAUUAUAUCACACGAAUAACAAUACACGAAGAUUGUUGAGCUUUCAGUAACCCACAUACUUUUGUUUGUAAUGUAUAAAGCUAGAAGUGAUUAGAUAAGGUGAUUGAUCCAGGAAAUAUAAUCCUUCAGAUUUGCACAAACUGAACACUUAAUUAUUAAUGCUGAAAUCAUGAAUCGACCAAUGCGAGGACAUCAUCGGAAAGCUGAAAGUACUGGAUAGCAUUUUUGUCCUAGUAUAGAACACUUUAGAAGUGCGGAUUUACAACCCAGCAUUAAGGAACCAAACAAAGUACUCUGGACCUCGAUGGCGAAACCUAUGCUUAAAACAAUUAAUAUUGUUACAGAUAUUGUUAGAGCAGUGUACUUAGGCCAGAUUUAUGUAAUUAUUUCGUUUUUUUUUUUAAAAAUAAUGAACCUUGGAUCCUAUGUUCUUAAAAAAUUUGAUGUUAUCAUUACCUGUGGCGUUAUUUAUUCACAAACGGUUUACUUAGUCAUC